AUGACCCAAUGGGAGACAAUCCGUAUUCUACCGACACAGGACGCUCGCUUCGGUCUUGUAUCCCAACCCACGCCAAGUUGCUUGUUGGCACAUCGCCGGUUCGCCGACAUCAACAGCGGCUGCCAGCUUGGACCGCUCCCCAAAGCGACAGGCGACACCUCAGACUUCGGAUCGAAUGGCGGCCAAUGUGAACGCCUGCGACGAGGAGAUUUGACUUUCGUGAAGCGUCCGCAGUUCUUCCCAGCGACAGUGACGGCCAUGCAGUUGUCUCGCCUGCUUGCGCUUCCUGUGCUCCUGGGGCCUGCGCUCCCCGUCGCGGCCGAACAUACGAAUAAUUGGGCCGUAUUGGUGUGCACAUCCCGCUUCUGGUUCAACUACCGUCAUUUGGCGAAUGUCUUGUCCAUAUAUCGCACCGUCAAGAGGCUCGGCAUCCCCGAUUCGCAGAUCAUCCUGAUGCUCCCUGACGACAUGGCCUGCAAUCCGCGAAACGCCUUUCCCGGGACCGUCUACUCCAACGCAGACCGCGCCGUUGACUUGUACGGUGACAACAUUGAGGUGGACUACAGGGGAUACGAGGUGACUGUCGAAAACUUUAUCCGGCUGCUGACCGACCGUGUUGGCGACGAGAUGCCGCGCAGCAAAAGACUCUUGACCGACGACCGGAGCAAUAUCCUCGUGUACAUGACCGGGCACGGCGGAAACGAAUUUCUGAAGUUCCAAGACUCAGAAGAGAUUGGAGCCUUUGACCUCGCCGACGCAUUUGAACAGAUGUGGGAGAAGAAGAGAUACCAUGAGAUUCUGUUCAUGAUCGACACAUGCCAGGCCAACACCAUGUACAGCAAGCUAUACUCGCCAAAUAUCAUUGCAACGGGCUCGUCGGAGCUCGACCAGUCGUCGUACUCGCACCACGCCGAUAACGACAUCGGGGUUGCCGUCAUCGACCGCUACACAUACUACAACCUGGAGUUCCUCGAAUCCGAAGUGCGCGAUCUGAGCAGCAAGAAGACCCUCGGCGAGCUAUUCGACAGCUACACGUUCGAGAAGAUCCACUCUAAUGCAGGGGUUCGCUACGACCUAUUUCCGGGAGGGGCAGAGGCGGCACGCAAGCGUCUUGUCACCGACUUCUUUGGAAACGUACAAAACGUUGAGGUUGAUGGCAGGAAUAAUACACAGCUCGAGCAGGAGUUGCUCGAGCUCAGCCGUAUCAUUGCGGCACUGCACAAGAAGGCCGAUGAGCAAGAAGCGGCGAUGAAGCAGAAUGCCACCACUGGGGCGCAGGAGCAGAAGCACAUUCACAAUACCAUUCAGAGCAAGGCACAAUAUGCAAAACCGCUUACGGAUGAGAAUUGGUGGACGAGGAAGAUCUUCGGGGCCACAGCGGUUGCCGGUUUGGCAGCCGACGACUCGGUGCAUGUGUUUGUGCCUGAGUUUCCCGACUUGUCCAAAUACAGGGAAAAGUUAAGGAUCAAAGCCAGCGAAGGACAGUACAGUGGCAUCCCUCUACCAGACGAUACUAUUUCGGACGAUGAGGAUGAGGCAAGCUGGUCAGAGCCUAAGGGGUUCACGCGGCAGACAUUCCGGGCUCAGUACUCGGAGGGCAGCAAACACAUGCCUGUCUCCUACCCACCACUAGAUCCGCGUGUCAACCGCGAGCUCUUCCAAGCAGCCAACAUGCCAUUCCCAUAUGAGGGCGCAGUUGAGGCCCCAGAUGAUGACCACAGCGAAGGCAGCAGUUCGGACUCUGACUAUGAAUCCGAUGCCGGGGCAGGCGACGAGGAAGGGGAGGGCGGUGGUGCCUCUCUAGGCUUCAACCGCCCUUUUGGUGCCGGAUAUGGCCCCAUCACUGGUGUCGGAAGCAGUAUGAACCACGUCGUGAGCUUAGCUUGGUCCCCAUCAGGCCUCGGCGUCAACCGGCGUCCUAUCUUGGGUGUCCUCACAGGGUCUGGCACCCUGGCAGUAUAUGGAGAUGGCAACGAGUUCUCCAACAUCCUUCCGCGUGCCAAUGAGGGCAUGUUGCAGCGCCGCGAGCUCAAUUCGUGGAUUGUGCUUUGGGGUGUUGGUGAACGCCUGAUUGUCCCGGGUCAGCAAACCAAAGUUAGCGAGUACAUUCGAGCAUUUGCCUGGGCGAAGGAGAUAGGGCCUGGUCAGGGCUUACUUGCAACACUAAAUGAUCAAAAGGAGGUCGCCAUCAUCAGUGUGCAGCGUGUCUUCGUGGAGGACGAUGCGAUGGCCAGUAAGGGGGAAUUCACAGUCCAGCCACGAGAGAAUGCCGUGUGGCUAGUCAGAGAGAUUGUCAGGUUCAAGGCUGAGGGACCACAUGAGGAGCCGAAUCAACUUGACCCGGAUUGGGUGCCCUGCGGGAGCUCGUUCAGCCUGAGCUGGGGCCCAUGGUUACGGGCAGAGGGUUCUCGUACCUGUGUCCUCUCAUUCUUGGAUUACAACUACGUCGGCUUCCGGCGCAUCACUCUACAAGAGCCCUGGAUUCGGGGAGAGCUCCCUGACCUAACUGUCGAGGAAGAGGAUAUCUAUGGGAGAUGUCUUCCUUUAUCCAACGAUGGCUUCGUCGAGUUUGAAGAUGGAACCCGGACACAAGGCUCUGUCCAGACCUGUCGAGGCAUCAUUGUGACGGGGCUUCAUGCAGUGCCGUUCGAAUUUGCCCUCACUGGCGGUCUUGUCAUUCACCCUCCCGAUCCAAACCAUCCCACUCCGGUACCGCUUUAUACCCUGGUUCGCAUGUCUGCCACACCGACGACAAGAGACUGGUAUGAGGCGAACCUACCUUCAUCAGGCGAUUCACCCAUCGAAUCUCGACCACAGUGGUGCACGACUAUUGCACAAAAGCUGGAAGUCCAAGUUCCUAUUGACAUGCAUCUUACUCGCAGUUACAAUGACGAGAGCGACUCUGAUGCAGAAUCUGGGGCCGGCUCCGAUCUGGACGACGAUGAUGAUGACGACGAUGAUGACUUGGACGAUGGCUAUCAGGAUGACGACGACCUGUCUAGCAACGAUGAAAGCCAGACAGUUGAAAUCCCACAGAUUCACCCUCAUCGCUUCCGGCUACACGGCCUGGCUCUCUCCCCUGGCGGCGGGGUGACGGCAGUUCUGGUAAGCACUCACAGUACUCAGCACCCGGAGCGCGGCGGCUGGCACACUGUACGUUCCAGCGUCCUGUUCGGUUAUAAAUCUCCUCCAAAGCAACGCCGCAGGCCAAAGUUGUCCGACGGGCAACAACAACAACAACAACAACAACAACAACAACAACAACAGCAGCAGCAGCAGCAGCAGCAGCACCGAAGCUACCUGACCACGCUCAUUGACCCAGAUCUCACUAACCCCACUGACCUACCCACCCCCGAGUCCUGUCACGCGCAACUUACCACCGAAGCUAAGCUCUUCGAGUACCUCUACGGCGGCGGCCCCGAGGUGCCAGGUAUCAACUAUAUUACCCUCACGGAUAACAAUAACAGCCUACGUCAACUGUUUGCCUCGGCCGUGGCCUCCCAAACUUGCGACCUAUGCGGCUCACGCAUGAGCCUGACGCGCAAAAGCAAUGCCGCCGGCGGGCAGCAGCACCUGGUUGGGUGCGAGAAGGGUCACUUUUUCGGGGCGUGUGCGACGUCGGGGUUGGCAGUGCAGACACCAGGCGGGACACGCAGCUGCGGAGCGUGUGGGUUACGGACGAUGCGAGCGGAUCUGUUGUUAGCAAAGGUGUCGGAUGAGAUCAGAGAGGAGGUGAGGAGGGCUGUGGCUGAUGGGUGCGACGCGAGAUGCUUGCUCUAG